AAUUGGAAACGAACAUGCCGGCUGAAAUAACUGAAUUUGAAACUACAAAUCAAUUACGUAUAUCAGGAAUAAUAUCUGCCCGUCCUAUUCCAAAGAUUUUAUAUCCUGAAUGUGAUUCUUAUAUUCAUAAAAUAGGAAUCGAAAUAUCUUUUCAGCAUGGUGCUACCAUUUAUAAAAUUUUAACUAAUCAUGAACAA